AAGUCGGGAGCGCGUCGUGUCGCCUGACCGCCCGCACCACCCCAUUUCUUAUACUAUAACCUCGUUACUCUGACGUAUACCAGCCGACGACGCCCGUGCACUGAAUACGAAGCCAGUGGCGACCAAACGCAACGGAUUGUAGUGUUCACACGGAGAUAACCUUGCCCGCUGCAUCUAUUAUUCAGUGACUGCGCUAACCUAUAGCCAGGAUGGCGCCCUUCACAGGUAAUCAUGAGGAUCAAACAAGUGAUUGACAACGGCAAUGUAGCGGCCGUGACUCGAAAUGAGAAUUUGUAUCAAAAAAUUACGAAUAACAGAAGUUGGCUCGUGUCUGACAACACCGAACCGAACAACGUGUUCAGAAAUUUAAACGGUUUUGACAACUUCACACAGAAUUACUUCAACACCAGUGAAUACCGCGAGAAUUUAGAAGAUAACACGCCGAUACAGACUUCUGAACAAGGCACGAAUCCAGAUGAACUUGCCGUAUGUAACAAGCAGUAUAGAAUUAACAACCAAGGUUACGUGAACUUUACGAGGCCAAAUUUCAAGGAAAUAACAAAUCUGGAGGAGAUACAAGCAACUAUAGAGGUUUCUGAUGCAUCUUCAAAUUAUUCGCCAAUUGAAGAACAAGCUUUCGAUAACUCAGAUUCUGAUGAGAUGUCAGAAAACGGAAUACAACCCGUACCCAGGGGCAUCGUGAAUCCAAAUUAUCCAGGCUUCCAACACUUGGCGCAUACAUUACAGGAUUACUCUUCAAACAUAGAAAACUUUUAUUAUUCCGAAAAUGAUAUGACUGACGAUGAUGUAGAGAUAACAGAAAUAGGCUACGAAAAUGAAACUAACCAAAAUGAAAUAGUAACUGAAUUAGAAAAUAUUAAUAAUAAUAACAACUACCCAAGGAGUGAAAACAACGAGGCUAAAUUUUAUCCUUUUCAAAAUGACACAUUCACUCAAAUUAAAAAAUUAGAUAGUCAUAUUUUGCAAAGUGAAAUACCCGAUCUUAUUAAAAAUAUUUCUCAGAAUGCUAACAACAAUAAUGAUGAAAAGAUUAGCUGUAGCUCUAACUACUCUGAUGCUGAUUUUGAAAACAAUUUAAAUGCUAAAAACAUUAUAGGAGACUUCAAUAAAGAAAUUGAAGAUGAAAUUAAACAACUAUUAAAUUAUAAUAUAAAUAUACAGAAUGAUCUUGAAGAAUUAAGAAAAGAUAUUAAAGAUACAUUUGCAAAACCUAUUGAAACUACAAUAAAUAACAUCAGUGACGUAGUGAAUCAUGUUAUCAAAAAAUUAGUAGAAACACAAUGUGAUGAAAAUGAUUUGAACAAAGAGCCAUCCACAGAAUAUAUUACAGAAAGAGAAGAAGCUGAAGACGUUUGUGAUAUAAACAAAGAAAAUGAAACAAAUACCAGAACCGAAAUGAAUCUCAGCAGGCCUACAUUUCUGUUAAUAGAAAAUACCAAUAGUACAAUAGCUGAUGCAUUUCUAUCAGAUGCAAAAGAUGAUAUUAUCAUAUAUGACACUGAGUACGACACGGAUAAACUAAGUCUAAAUGUUGAAAAUACAAUUAAACAAUUAAGUACAGAACUUAGAAAAAUUAUUCCCAAGUUAGAUGAAAUGCGUGAACGAGAUAAACUAUGGAGCACAUGUAUCAAAGAACCAGUUCCAGCAGUGGUUACAGAUGGGAAUUCUAAUGAAAUCGCCAGUUCCUCGAAAUCGUUUGAUUUACCUUCAAUCAACAUACAGUGUAAAAAGGGAAGUAAUAAAAAAAUUUCGCCGCACAAUAUCUUAACAAAUAACUGCAAUGAAGCCAAAAAUGAAUCGAAAUUUCCAAGAGAACAACAUAUAGAAACACUAUCAAAGAAGAGUUGUAGCCAAAAUGCUCAAACUACCACAUCCGUCCGUAACAAAACCAACAGUUUUAAAGACUGUGAUCUAGGGAGCUUUGACGUAUACAAUAUUGAAACUGCUUUGCCAAAACUAGACCUGGACGCCAUUGAAAAUCAUCUAAGAGCAGCCAAAGAAGCUGAAAGGCAGAAACGCAAUGAUAGGGAAGAAAUUAGGCGAAGGCUAGCAAUGGGCGCUGACGCAGAAGAGUACUAUAGCUUAGGUCAUACAGAACGGCCUGGGAAGAAACCAAGUCUACAUUCCCGGCUCCAAAAUGGGAUGAAUCUACAAAUUUGUUUCAUGAACGAGACAGCAUCAGACAAUGAAUCUCAAGCAUCUGACCUAGACAAAAGUUACAGUAGUAAAUCUUCAUCCCGGACAAGCCUUUUUAGCAAAUCAAGCUACAACCAUCCUUAUCAGACAAGACCAUUGUCAGUGAACAUUACCAAAAAUGACAAAAUAAGUACUGUACAAAGUGGAACCAAGUUGCGUCCAACAUCUUUGAUGUCAAAAUCAUCAAAAUCUCGAUCGUCCCAGUCAUUGGGCCACAUAGAGUUAAAAGAGUCUGACUUCUAUGCUUUACAAGCCACUUUACAAACUGAGGCUCGAAUUGCACUGGCACAGGCAAAAGAAAUGGCUCGUAUUCAAAUGGAGCGUGAGCGGCGAAGUCGGCCCGUGUCGCCCGUGACGGAGAUGCUGCGCCGCAGCAUGGAGAAGGCCAACGCCCCGCUCGCCCCCGACCGCCGCCGCGUGUCGCGACAGCUACUCACUGACAUGAACAUAGCUCAAUUACAGGUGAUAGUGAACGAACUGCACUCUCAGAUCGAGUCGCUGAACGAUUCGCUGGUCAAGUUGCUGAUGGCACGCGACGAGCUGCACAUGGGGCAGGACUCCAUGCUCGUCGAUAUUGAGGACCUGACUAGAUACUUGGGAGUUAAAGAGCAGACAAAGAAGACCAAAGGAACUUCAAAAUCGGGCGUACGGAGACUAACUUCAUUAGUGCACAAAUAAUUACACGAUAUUUAAUGUUAAGUCUUAAUGCAACUAUUUACUAUGAGAAAAUACUGGUUGCUAUUUAGCUGAGUAUAUUGCGACGAGAGAUGUCCUAUUAACUGUUUACCUAAGAGCUAUGUUUAAAGCAUUUUGACGUUUUCAGUGAUAUGUUUAGUCAGAUGUUCAAUACCGAGGCAUGAAAUAGGGUUGUGCUGUCUGUGUCGCACUGCCGCCACCAUUUACCAAAUGCCUAUUCUGUGAUCAGCUAUAUCGGUACCCGAAUACAUACUUUAAGUAUAUACCGAGAGCGAAUCGUAAAAUACCUGUACAAAUGAGAGUAAGCGUUAUAUUAAUAUUUAAUACCAAAUCAUCGACAGCAAAAGAGGCACAUACAGUCAAAGCGACCUUGGAAAUAUUUAGAGGCUAUUUAUUCCUUAGUACGCGAAAUUAACUAAUAUUAAGAAGUGAAGACAUGGCCUUGUACUUUACAAGGCCAAGAUUAGUAAGUUAUUGAAGAUUAUUUUUUUUGGUUUUAUUGAAACGCUUAUAAUAUUUUGAGACACUACGAAAACAAUGCAAAACAAUGUGUAGCUAAUUUAACUAAAUAACCAAACAUUUACAUGUAAUUAAAAUGCAAGUUUACAGUCUUGCUUGUUUAUCAAGGUACGCCCAUCCCUUGCCUUGCAAUGAUGUAUAUUUUUAGGUCAAAUUACUAUUAACGUAACUACCUUUUACCUGAGGUGUUGUUCCAGUGGGAAUUUCUAGAAAAAAACUUCGGGUAAACCACUAAACUAACAGACUUUCGGCUUGAUAAUAUUAAAUAUGGAUAAAUAUGAUAUUGCAAACUGCGGGUCGCCUAAUCUAUAUAUUAGACCCUAUCGUAUCUAUCGUAGAAAAUCAAGGAUCAUUAAAAGGCUAAGGGCCGUUUAUAACUAAACAUUUGUAUGCUGUUGAAUGAUUAAGGUGUAAUUAAUGUCUAAUAUUUACAUAAAACAUGUUAUUAUCUAUGUUAUAUUAUACAUCAUAAGAGCCUUUUGAACCGCUGUAUAUAAAUACUAGUGUCAAUCUAACUUUAAUCUUAUAUUUAUAACUCCGUCGCAGUUUUCUGUCUUUAAAACCUACAAUUAUAAAAUGUUAAUGUAUAUUCACAUAAGCGUUAAUGUCUGCUUUAAGAUAGAUAUUAUUAGCCCACCUAGAAAUAUUAAAUAUUUUGUGAUUUAUCGCAGAUUAGAGGAAAAUAUUUUUUCAAUAUAGUGCUCAUUAUAACAAUCUGUGAAAGGAUCGUCCUACUGUUUGGGGUUAUUUAAUUUGAUCUUGUUUUGAACAUCUAUAAAAAUAUGAAAUAUAUUGGCUCGUAACUCACACAUCACAGUAAUCACAGAAAAGGAACUGUAGAUCUGGACGCUAUAUACAAUUUCUUGAAUUGAUCCUGAUUAAAGCGUAGUAGUAGUAGCAAGACGAUCCUUUCAGAGAAUUAGUGUAUUCACAUAAAUGUAGGUAGGUAGAAAAGCACAUUAAAGAAGCGUGAACAUAAAGAGGCUUGUUCAAUGAGUAUGGACAUUUAAACAAAGAGGAAUUACAUAUUCAAUGCCUUCAGGUGUACAUGGAAACGGAAACCAAACAAUUGCAAAAUGGAAAUUAUUGGGUUGGCGACGAAAUCUUUUUUUCAUAUUGUAGCGAAAUGAACAUCUUUCUAAUUUCGACAUUCAAAAACCUAUUUUAUAUUGGAUUUAAGAUAUAAAUCUUAAGAAUCAGAGGUGGAGUUGGGGUCUCAAAUUUUAAUUAUCAGUCAGUGUCACACUGCAACAUUAUACUUUGUUUGAAGUUCCCUUGAGCAACAGGAACCAUUAAGAUUAAUAACUGUAAUAUUUUUCUUUACUGAUAUAUCUAUUUGGCUCAAUAAAGUGUUAAAUGAGUAAAUAAAAUUGUUGAGGGAAAUAAAAAAGAAUAAAAUAAACACAACAAUCACAUCAUGGCAGUUUUAAAAUAGUUAAAUAACAGGAGAAAUGGCAAAUUGGAUAAAUUCACAUAAUAUAAAACUUUACUAUAUUUGGUAUUAAAAAAUCCAGUCCCUUCUAUGUCAGGUAUGUCUUAAUAGAGUUAAAAAUUUUUUCAUCAUACAGUGUGGUUCCCGGCACCGAAAUAAAAAAGAAUAGCACCACUCUAUCUCUUUUCCAUUGAUGUCGUAAAAGGCGACUAAGAGAUAGGCUUAUUUAUUUGGGAUUUCUCUUUUAGGCGAUCGGCUAGCAACUUAUCACUAUUUGAAUCUCAAUUUCAUCACUGAGCCGGGCAGCUGGGCGUGGCCUUUUAGUCUUUAGAUGACUGUUGGCCCUGUCAUCUCUAAGGGGAUAUAGACGUGAUUGUAUGUUAUGUUAUAAAGCUAGUCUGUUAUCAUUUAUAUCGAUAGAUAGUUAUCGAUACUCAAUCUAACAGGAAUGUCCUCUCCUUGGUUAUUUUAUAUAUAUGUAUUUCAAGAUCGAUAUGUAUCUUAAUCAUAAAUUAAUUAUUUCCAUAGAGUGCCGUUUUAAAUGCUUUUUGAAACUAUUUAUAAGAUUGGUGUUAUUCCAGGGUGAAUUGUCUGUUAAAGGGGAAAAACUACAAAGAUUCUGAUCACAAUAUAUAUAUAUAUAUAAGGAGUUCAUUACACUGAUCAAUCUAUUAGUUUGUAACAACUAUGCAAAUUAUGUCAAGAAGACGGGACUCGACUUUUAUAUGGUUAUGCGUAGCUCCAAAUUAAUACAAAAUGUAUUGCUGGGAUUACGCAUUCUUGCUUUUGUAAUAAAAUUAGUAGUUAGAUGAAUUAUUGUGUAUAUUUUGGUUUGCCUGAACGGGAUCUCGUGUUGUUUUUUACCACAUAAGUAAUAUCAAAAAAACUUGAUUAUGAUAUUGGUUAGUGUGCUAGUUUCUUUUAACUAUAGUUACCAUAUCUUUAGACAUAAUAAUCAUUUAUUUUUUCUCCUUUUUAUUUAGAACUGGUUUAAGGGAUUAAAGGAUACUGAAAGUGUCUUUUCAAACUGAUUUUUAUUUCAUGAUAAUAUUUUUUUGAAGGACUGUUUCGAGUCCUCGCUUUAUUCCUUUUAUUUAUAAAAAUCCUGCUUAUAAAUAACGUACUAACUAACGUCCUGCACACACGUGUAUAGUGAAGUAGGUAAUUAUACGAUCACGUAUUCCAUACGUUAUUUAUAGGUAUGUACUUACAUGAGCAAAGCAGCUGCGAAUAUGUCAUGUAAACAUCUGUAUCCAUGAUAUAAUGAUUACAAACGCGUGAAAGCUAUGACAACUAGUUAAAGCCCGAUUGUGUCGAGAAAAAAAAUCCAAAUUCAUUUUUUUUUCUAUGUUACGGUUUUAGUAAAAGCCAGAUUUUCAACUAAAACUUCGUUUUUACAUCAUGCAACCCUAUCUUUUAUGAAUUAUGAGAAUUAAACUUUAUGAGUACCAUUUUCAAAUAUCAUCGCGUCUUGAUGUGAGCAACUCUUAUUGAGAAUCUAGUACGAAAUGUGUUUACGUUGACAUUUUCAAACCAUUAUCAGUGAUGUUGUCAUUGGCUAAUUGGAACAGCAUAUGUAUAGUACAGUUAUAUUUUGCAAUUCUUAUUACUAUCCUCGGCAUUACAGUUUAAUAACAGCCAUUGAGAAUAUCAGAAACUUUGUGCAUUUUAAAUGAUCGCCUAUAAGUACGUGUAAAUGUCUGCAACAGAGUUGGGUUUAGGGUGGUAUUAUUUUACCAAAUCUCCCAAAUUUUGUUUUACGCGAAGUCAAUUUAGAUACUCUAGAAUAAAUGAUGGACAUAAGAGUGAGAAAAAUAACAUAUCUAAUGUUAUUUUUCUCCUCAAAAAUAUGUUACUUUCCAUUUGUCUACAUUGAAAGAUAAUUUUAUGUCUGAAUCCGGCGCUGUUGUUCUAGCAGCUGAGCGUAGGCAGUAAAUUAACCGUACUUAGCAGUUGUAUGAGAAUGCUUGGCGUGCUUGAGAAUUUUACCGACAUGUGAUAAAUACAAUGGAAUCAUUCUAAAUAAAGAGGAAAGUGUUAA